UGUGCCUGGGAGCGCGGCGCGCGCGCGGUGCCGCGUGACGCCCGGGGAGCGCGUGUGGGCGCGAGGCGGCGGGCCUGGGCCAUAGACGCGGGCCGGAAGGAGAGGCGAGGCGGGGGGAGCGGGCUAGAGCGUCGCCUCAACCAGGCAGCCGCCGCGGGCGAGUCGGAGUCCGCCAAGCAGCCGCGCCGCGCCCGCUCCCGGACAAAGCCGCCACUGCCGCCCGCCGCCCCGCCCCGCCCCGCCCCGGCAGCAGCCGCUCCGCCGCGGAGCCAUGUCGGCCAGCAGCCUCCUGGAGCAGAGACCCAAAGGCCAAGGCAACAAAGUGCAAAACGGCUCCGUGCAUCAGAAGGAUGGGCUGAACGACGACGACUUCGAGCCUUACUUGAGCCCUCAGGCCCGGCCGAACAAUGCAUACACUGCAAUGUCCGAUUCCUACUUACCAAACUACUACAGCCCCUCCAUUGGAUUCUCCUACUCGCUGGGUGAGGCUGCCUGGUCCACGGGGGGCGAUCCCCCCAUGCCCUACCUAACCUCUUACGGACAGCUGAGCAACGGGGAGCCUCACUUCCUCCCAGAUGCCAUGUUUGGGCAGCCAGGGGCCCUUGGCAGCACUCCGUUCCUUGGGCAGCACGGCUUUAACUUCUUUCCAAGCGGGAUUGACUUUUCGGCUUGGGGGAAUAACAGUUCUCAGGGACAAUCCACUCAAAGCUCCGGCUACAGCAGCAAUUAUGCCUAUGCCCCCAGUUCCCUGGGGGGGGCAAUGAUCGACGGACAGUCCGCUUUUGCCAGCGAGACUCUCAACAAGGCUCCGGGGAUGAACACCAUUGACCAGGGGAUGGCAGCCCUGAAGCUGGGCAGCACGGACGUGGCCAGCAACGUCCCCAAGGUUGUGGGUUCGGCCGUCGGGAGCGGAUCCAUGACCAGCAACAUGGUGGCAUCUAACAGCUUGCCUCCGGCCACGAUCGCUCCCCCGAAGCCGACGUCCUGGGCUGACAUCGCUAGCAAGCCAGCUAAGCAGCAGCCCAAGCUGAAGACCAAGAACGGCAUGGCAGGUUCGAGUCUUCCCCCGCCUCCGAUCAAACACAACAUGGAUAUAGGAACUUGGGAUAACAAAGGGCCGGUGACGAAAGCCCCCUCGCAGACCUUAGUGCAGAACGUGGCCCAGCAGCCCCCCCAGGCCUCCCCCCAGCCCGCGGCUCAGCAGAUGAACAGCAGCCCUCCCGCGGCCCAGGCUCCCGGUGGGCAGCAAUCCCAGCCUCUGCCCCCUCCGCCGCCCGCCCCGCUGCCCGUCCCGCAGCCGGCAGCUCAGCCCGCGCGUUGGGUCGCACCCCGCAACCGCGGCGGCGGCGGCGCCUUCGGCCAGAACGGCACGGAGGGCAGCGGGGGUGGCAACGCGCAGCCCGGCGCUGGGACGGCUCCUUCGGAACCUCACCCGGUGCUGGAGAAGUUGAGGUCCAUCAACAACUACAACCCCAAGGAUUUUGAUUGGAACCCGAAGCACGGCCGGGUUUUCAUCAUUAAGAGUUACUCUGAGGACGAUAUCCACCGUUCCAUUAAAUACAACAUCUGGUGCAGCACAGAGCACGGCAACAAGAGACUGGACGCUGCCUACCGCUCCAUGAAUGGGAAGGGCCCCGUUUACUUACUGUUCAGCGUCAACGGUAGCGGUCACUUCUGCGGAGUAGCAGAAAUGAAAUCUGCUGUGGACUACAACACGUGUGCGGGUGUGUGGUCCCAGGACAAGUGGAAGGGACGUUUUGAUGUCAGGUGGAUUUUUGUGAAGGACGUUCCCAACAGCCAGCUGCGGCACAUCCGCCUAGAGAACAACGAGAAUAAACCAGUGACCAACUCCAGGGACACUCAGGAGGUGCCUCUGGAAAAGGCUAAGCAGGUGUUGAAAAUCAUUGCCACCUACAAGCACACCACGUCCAUCUUCGAUGACUUCUCACACUAUGAGAAACGCCAGGAGGAGGAGGAAACUGUUAAAAAGGAACGCCAGGGCCGUGUCAAAUAAAGGGCCUCUCCUCCCCCAGAGACUGCAGCAGAGAUUGCAUCUGUCGGAGAAAGGAAAGAAAGAGCAACAAAAUCCCAGAGAGAAAUUAGGACUUGGUUGGGUUUCGGUUUAUUUUCGGUUUAUUUUUGGUUUAUUUUUCUUCAUUUCAGUGACUUCAAAUGGAGGAGGAAAAAAAAAAAAGAAAAGAAAAGAAAAA